AUGAUGUCCGACGACACCCUCGAUGCCACCGCCUCGGACCCGGGCCAGCAGCUCACCCAGCUCACCCUCGACCUCCGCGGCACCCGCUUCACCAUCGAGCGCGACACCCUCAUGAACCUCCCCGAGUCGGUGCUCCUCUGCCUCUUCCCAAACGGCCUCGUCCUUGCGCGCCAGCCAAAGCAGCCACAGUCCUUUGACGACGACGGAAACGACGACGCCGACGACGACGAGGAGGUCUACCUCGUCGACUUCGACCCCCAGUGCCUCUCCUACGUCCUCAGCUUCUUCAAGACGGCACAGGACGACUUCUACGGCAUCGAUGACCAGCCGGGCAAGUUCCGCCCCUCGGCCUUCGGCGGCAACGGUGGCGCGCACCACUACCAGCAGUCCUCGGCCGACUUCUCCGACCCCAACGGCCUCUAUGGUGGGGGGCCGGGCAUGGGUCAGAACCCGCUCCUCAACAAGCAGGCCAUCAUUGUCCUGCGAGAGGAGCUCGAGUACUUUGCCAUCCCGCCAAAGAGGCCCAGGACGGCCGCUUCGGGCCCCGGCGGCAAGCUGACCCAGCCCUCUGGCGACCGGCUGGCGACCGAGAGCGACAUCGACAUUUCCAAGCUCGAGACGACCAACCCCGAGUCUGGGCAUCCGACGCCGGCGCUCCUCUCGCUCAAGCAGUCAUGCGGCCGCGCGCUGCUUGACCGCAAGCAGAUCUUUACCGCGCUCCAGCGCAACGUCAACAAGGAAAACAACCUCGCCGAGCAGCACCUCAUCGACAUGCUCUGCAUGAGCGGCUUUGACCGCAACGACACCUGGGGCUUCCGUGCCCUCGAGCCCUCGCGCUGCUGCAUCACCUCAAUCGCCCUCGUGCUGCUCAAGACGGGCAUCGCCCACGCCGGCGAGCUCGAGGCCCAGGGCAUCCGUCCCGACUCGGCCGAGGCCAACGACUACUACGACGAGACGGGCCAGACCAGCAUGUUCCAGGGCAUGAAGGUCGACCACCAGCAGCUGGCCACGGCGCAGAAGCUGCUGCUCUUCUGGAGGAAACCUGCGCGGAAAUGCUGGUGGGAUGGCGUCGACAUUGUCCUGCCGCAUCCCGACCAGAAGCCCAACCCGGCGGCGGCCGACUCCAACGACGCUGCCUCGACGGCGGUCUCGGUGGGACUGAGCACCGUCGCUGACGCCACCAGCGCCGAGCCCGACGCUGGCAUGACGCCAGAGGAGGUCGAGAUGCUCAAGAACGGCACUGGGCGGAAGGUGCGGGUGUGGGCAAGGCGGGUGUGGACGCUCGAGCUCAGCCUGAUCUGA